CCGGUUAGGCUAUCCGUUGUAUACCCGUAUACCCGGACACGAGAUUCCCAAGUUCAACUCUGUAUCCCCCGAAGACCAAAGUAUACUUGAGAUGUCAGCUCAUAAGAAUGCAGUUUCCUCCAAUCUCAACUUAAACCUCUUAAUCCUUGAGCCAGCCUUCAAGCUCAAAAGCUAGACAGUUACCAACUUACAGACCAAUUCCACCCACCAACCAACCAGCCUCCCCACCUACCUACCUACCUACCUACAUACAUACCUAACUCAAUGGAGGAACCAACCUACGAUCCAGGCCGCCCCAUGGCAACAACCACCAUCAUCUACCAACACAAACUCGCCAACUGUCCCGGCAGAACCAUCGUCGGGAUGCUGGUCAAGUGCCCGCCGAACGGCGCCACGCCGCCGCACCGGCAUGGCGGGGCGUCCGUGUCGGCGUACGUGAUCCAGGGAUCCGUGAUGUGCAAGAUGAACGACGAGCCGAUGCGGCUGGUGCAGCAGGACGGGUCGUGGUACGAGGCGCCGGGGUGCCACCAUCGCAUCAGCGCCAACGCCAGUGAAAGUGAGCCGGCGGUGUUUGUGGUGAGUUUCGUGCUGGAGACCGAGCUGUUAGAGAGGGAGGGACCGGGGGUGUUGGUGCAGAUUGAUGAGGAGUACAGGGAGGUUGUCGCGGGGAAGAGGAAGGGGUGAGGGGUUG